AUGCGCGCCUGGCAAUGGACAACCUGCACCACAACCCUCGAAUCCGCAAUCCAAAUCAACGAAUCCGCCCCGCUUCCCACAUCCCAUCACCCCUUAUCUGCAGGCGAAUCCCUAAUCCGCGUGUAUGCCGCAACCCUCAACCAAGUCGACUACAAGUUCGCUGAGCUCCCCCUCAUCUCGCGCCUCGCUAUCCGCAAACCCGCUACUCCAGGGCUCGAUUUCGCCGGUCGCGUCGUCUCCACAGGCGCAGACUGCGCUGUCAAAGUCGGGCAGAUGGUGUUCGGGAAGUUGGAGCCCAAAUGUCAGUUCGGGACGCUGGGGGAGUACAUUGUGGGUUCAAGGGUGGGUACGGUUCCGAUGCCAGAGGGGGUGGAGGCGGAGAGUGCGGCGGCCAUGGGGGUGUGUGGGUUGGUUACUUAUCAAUGUCUUACGAGGAAUGUGAAGGAGGGGGAUAGAGUGUUGAUUAAUGGGGGGUCUGGGGGGACGGGCACGUUUGCGGUGCAGAUUGCGAAGGCGUUGGGGUGUCAUGUUACGGCGACUUGUUCAGGUGCGAAUGUGCAGCUUUGCAAGGAUCUGGGCGCGGAUGAGGUGAUUGAUUAUCGGAUGAAUGAUGUCGCUUCUGUUCUUGCAAGUGGGUCGAAGCAGUAUGAUAUGAUUCUGGAUAAUGUUGGGCAUCCAUCAGAACUGUACUGGAAGGCUCCUGCAUUCACGAAGCCUGAGGCAAAGUACGUACAGGUUGGAUCGCAAGUCAGUCUUUCAUUCCUCUACGACCUCGCAUUCCGGUUUUUGGUUCCGACAUGGCUGGGUGGUGGGCAGCGCCCGUUUUCGUUUGGGUUUGCUCUGACGAACUUUGACGACUUUACCGCGCUGGGAAAGCUGGUGGCGAGUGGAAAGGUGAAGCCGGUGAUAGAUGAGGUUUAUGAGUUUGAAGAUGUACCGAAAGCGUAUCAGAAGUUGAGAACGGGUAGGGCAAGGGGGAAGAUAGUGGUGAGAAUGGGAAACGAAGAGAAAUACUGA